CGUCACGUGUCAGAAAGAUGGCUGCGCCCGGGCGCGUUGCGCAAAGAUUGGAGUGAACCUUCGCGUGGCUGAGGAAGACCAGAAGAGGCCCCGACUGCUGGAAGGAGAAAGUAAGGGCAAAGAGCCUAUCAUGUAACCAAGGCCCUCAAGAAAUUUGCAUCCAAGAAACACAGAGAUAUACAUCAUCAAAAAAUAGUAUUUUAAUUUAAGGCUCAAGAUGGAAAAUCAUGAACCAGAUGAUACAAUCAAGGAAAACUUAAUUGAUACCAUAACCAGAAAAACCAACCAACUUCCAGAAGCAGAAAGGAAUCUGCUUGAAAGUGGAUCAACAUACAUUGGAAUUAAUGCUGCUCUCUGUGGCCUAAUAGCAAAUAGUCAUUUUCGACGCAUCUUACAUGUGACACAGGCUCGUAUAGCUGCUGGCUUACCAAUGGCAGUGAUCCCAUUUUUGACAGCACAUGUUUCUUACCAAGGUUUUAUAAGCUUACCUUUGAGUACAGGUGAUUUGCAUUGUGAAACCUGUACCAUAAUACGAGGUGGAUUGGUUGGUCUUGUUUUUGGUGGUCUGUAUCCUGUUUUCUUGGCUCUACCUGUGAAUGGUGGCCUUGCAGCCAGGUAUAACUCAGCACUGCUACCUGAGAAAGGAAACAUCUUAAAUUACUGGAUGAGGAUUUCUAAGCCUGUCUUUAGAAAGAUGUUAUUUCCCAUUUUGCUCCAGACUGGGUUUGGAGCAUACCUUGGGUCUAGACAAUAUAAAGUACUUAUAAAGGCUCUUCAGUUACCUGAACCUGGCCUGGAAAUGCACUGAUUCUAAAACAAGUCUGUACACAAGAAUAAAAUUGUAAAAAAUAACCUCUGUCUAAGUAUGAGUAAACACAGACUUAAAACUUAUCACAUGCGGUACAAUUCUGGGAUCAAAAGGCUGGUCCAUACUACCACUUAAACAAGAGCAUAACUUCUCUAGUUUUCCCAGUAUUGUCUCCCACACUGCUUGCUCUACUCUUUUACAUUAGGCAGAGUUUGGUCAUCACAGAGGAAAAAAAUAACCAUAUAAAAAUUUUCACUGAACACCUCAUAAAGAAUCCAAACAGGAAUGAAAAUGGAGGUGUGGGAGGAGUAUCAGUACACUAAUGUUCUACUUCAUUUUCUCAAUUCACUGUUUCCCAUAGGUAGUUCAUUCACAGGAUCUUAGAACAUGUUUAAAAACAUUCCUCAGAGAGGGAUCAAUUCUAGCAUUCUUGACGUGAUUAUUCAGGCUCAGCUUGAGCUGUCCUAAUGAUACACCUAUUUCAAAAGUCAUCUUUUUAUAUCCUUGGACAACUGUAAGAUUGAAGCCAAAUCUGUCUUUGAAAGCUUUUCUCCAGUGUGGUAUAUUAAUUCUUUGCAAUCACAUAGACUUGAACCUUUUUUUUUUUUUUUUUUUCAGCUGUAUGAC